CACAUCUCUCUGAGCAGUUACUCCCUUUAUCUUUUUCUUGGGUCAAAACUUUUGAGGUGGGCUGUCUAGAUAGCAGCAGGAGAAGGGGUAAAUUGGGGCCCGCGGGUUGGAGGCACUUCAGCACCUCGGUCAGCGCCCACUGCAGCUCAACCCACCCUCCUGAGCUCGCGGACUCCCAGUUCUGAGAAUGCCUGCGGAAUGAUCGCCCCCCAGGGCGGCUGCAGCUGCUGCCGCUACUGCUACCGCUGCUGCUGCUACUGCUCCUGCUCCUGCCACCGCCUCUGUCUCCACUCAGCUCUGACUGGCAGGCAGAAAGUGCAACUGACGAGGGAAAGGUCUCUGCAGUGAGAGUGGAGUGGCUACAUAAAAAGAGAGUAAAGAGGGGGCAAAAACCCAGAUCAGGAUGCAGGCGACGUCCAAUCUACUCAAUCUCCUGCUGCUCUCUUUGCUUGCUGGAUUAGAUCCUUCCAAGACUCAGAUUAGUCCCAAAGAAGGGUGGCAAGUGUACAGCUCAGCUCAGGAUCCUGAUGGACGAUGCAUCUGCACAGUGGUUGCUCCAGAACAAAACCUGUGUUCCCGGGAUGCCAAAAGCAGGCAGCUUCGCCAACUUCUCGAGAAGGGCUGUCCAAAGAUAUUGAACCAUAAGAUAUUUUGUUUCCAAGUAGCUUCCACACUAAUUAUGAAUGAGAGUGAAAAGGUUCAGAACAUGUCCCAGUCUAUUGAAGUCUUAAACUUGAGAACUCAGAGAGAUUUCCAAUAUGUUCUUAAAAUGGAAACCCAAAUGAAAGGGCUGAAGGCCAAGUUUCGGCAGAUUGAAGAUGAUCGGAAGACACUAAUGACCAAGCAUUUUCAAGAGUUGAAAGAGAAGAUGGAUGAGCUCCUGCCCUUGAUCCCCGUGCUGGAACAGUACAAAACAGACGCCAAGUUAAUCACCCAGUUCAAGGAAGAAAUCCGGAAUCUGUCUGCUGUCCUCACUGGGAUUCAGGAGGAAAUUGGUGCCUAUGACUACGAGGAAUUACAUCAAAGGGUGCUUAGCUUGGAAACCAGACUUCGUGACUGCAUGAAAAAACUAACAUGUGGCAAAUUGAUGAAAAUCACAGGUCCAAUUACAGUCAAGACAUCUGGAACCCGAUUUGGCGCUUGGAUGACAGACCCUUUAGCAUCUGAAAAAAAUAACAGAGUCUGGUACAUGGACAGUUAUACUAACAACAAAAUUGUCCGUGAAUACAAAUCAAUUGCAGACUUCGUCAGUGGGGCUGAGUCAAGGACAUACAACCUCCCUUUCAAAUGGGCGGGAACUAACCAUGUUGUCUACAAUGGCUCACUCUAUUUUAACAAAUAUCAGAGUAACAUCAUCAUCAAAUACAGCUUUGAUAUGGGGAGAGUGCUUGCCCAACGAAGCCUGGAGUAUGCUGGUUUUCACAAUGUUUACCCCUACACCUGGGGUGGAUUCUCUGACAUCGACCUAAUGGCUGAUGAAAUUGGGCUGUGGGCUGUGUAUGCAACUAACCAGAAUGCAGGCAACAUAGUCAUCAGCCAACUUAACCAAGAUACCUUGGAGGUGAUGAAGAGCUGGAGCACUGGCUAUCCCAAGAGAAGUGCAGGGGAAUCUUUCAUGAUCUGUGGGACACUGUAUGUUACCAACUCUCACUUAACUGGAGCCAAGGUGUAUUAUUCCUAUUCCACCAAAACCUCAACAUAUGAGUACACAGACAUUCCCUUUCAUAAUCAAUACUUUCACAUAUCCAUGCUUGACUACAAUGCAAGAGAUAGAGCACUUUAUGCCUGGAACAAUGGUCACCAGGUCCUGUUCAAUGUCACCCUUUUCCACAUCAUUAAGACUGAGGAUGACACAUAAGCAAAUGUAAUUUGUUUUCAUUGAUCUAAACAGUGUCAUUUGUGAUAAACUCUAUAGAAUCCUUUCUGGUUUUUAUUUAUUAUAACUUUCAUCAUUUCUCCAAAGCAUUUUUUAUUAUAAAGUUGGUGUUUCAAAAAACAGCUGAGCCUGUCUAAAUUAACCUGUUGGAAACACAUCUUAACUCCUAAAUUUACAAGGCCUAUCAUGUCCUUGUCAUGAAAAGCACUAAAUAGAGCUUAAGUGGCUAAAGUCAUAGUUUUGCGAAAGAUUAAUGAUCUGCCUUAUAUUAGAGUCAUAGACUAAUGGUGGCUUAAAUGCAUGAAUGUCUUUUUUUUUUUUAAUCUGUCAUUUUUUACUGUCUUCUGCUCCACAUCAGGAAAUAUUUUGGUAGGAAUUAGAGGGAAAAAAAGCACUUUCCCCUCAUUUAUUUCUAAAAAAGAUUUAAGGAUUUUAUUAAUAUAAAAAAAUAAAAUUAAUCAUUUUGCUGUUAUACAAUUCUCUGAUGCGGUGCUGUACAGUCAUUUUUAAAUCUCUUGCUAACAUUUUCUUGGCAAUAUGUAUUUCUACCAUUGUAACCACCAUUGUACAAUUGUAUCUCUUCACUUCUGGGAAAGUAAGUAAUAUUUUUUAUAAAAUACACUGCAGUUUAAUCUCAGUAAUUACUACGAGUCAAUUUUCAAGUGUGAUCAAGAAGGAAGUAUCUUCUAGGCUUACCCCUUGACACAAGCAUUACAAACUAAAAAGAAAAUCAAGCCAGAUCCCUUACGUAUAAUCUUUAUUUUACCCCAAGUUUACUAGACCACUGACACUGAAUGCUAAAACUUAAACUUACUCAUAUGGAUACGUUACUCUGCUCAGUCUACUGAAAAAAAAAUAAAACCAAAUAGUUGCUUGCAAAGAUGUAGCUGGGUCACAAAAAAUGAACUUCAAUUCACUCUACUUAUUUAUUACAGAACCAAACAAAUUUUGUUCUUCAUAAUUUAAUAUAUUAGUGUUCUAGCUUUUAUUUUACACACAACUUGCAGUAAUAUAAUUCCUUGUGUCAGGACUCUAAAAGUACAGGAAGCACAUAUAAAAAUUCUUAAAAAGAAAAUUUCCGUAAUGUCAUCUAGAUUUAUAUUAUAAACUCUGGAGAGUUAUUGGCAAGAAUUGUGCUAAAGAAAAUGAUGGGAAAACUUGGGAGUUGUCUGUGUGGUUUAAAUGGGCAAAUAACCAAUUCAGAAAACAAGAUGGGAAGGCAACCCCUUGAUACCCUGAUUCAUUGUGUGUGAAGAAGUAAUGUAACGAAAAAAAUAAAGCUUUAAUAAUUUUUUAUGUUAAUAAACCCAAAACCAUAUAAUCAAUAUAUAUCAAACAUAUCAUUGGGUUUGGAUGUACUUUCCAUAUAUUAAAAAUACCUACCUAAGGCAGUUUUACAGAAACUAGAAUGGGUCGGUUUUGCAAUUUAAAAAGUAUAUUCUAUAAUAAAUAUUAUAUGACUUAAAUUGUUAUAAAUGUUGACUUUCACACAUACAUAAUAUCAUAAUUUCCUUGUAAAGUAAGAAUAUAAUAACUCAGAUAAAGCAUUGUGUAAAGUAAUACUAAUACAUCAGAGUAAUUCAUUUCUAAUAGUCACAAGUAAAACAUCAUUCUCAAAUAUCUCACUGUCAAAAUUGUAGAAUUCAAUAAUCCAAUCUUGAAAGUGUUAAAGUUGAACAAAGAUUUCUUUGUCUGUCUACAAAAAGUUAGCAUGAUUUAAUGACCACUCUGGGUCCCUCUGCAAUGUUGUCUUCCCUUUUAACACAUUUGUAUAAGUUCUCCUCUGCUUUUGAGGGUUAGAAAAUGUAGGGGAUUCACUUGGCAUUGCACACACACCACAAAAAUAAUCGGCCAACACUUUGUAUAUCAAGAGUUUCUAUGAAGAAAGAAAGUCAAUUUCAGAAAUGAACGAAUUUUUAGUAGAUGGCCUCGAAUGGAUAUCUGGAUCUUCAUUACUUGUUAUUUAGAAAAAUGAUGUAAUGUGGUAUCAUCACAUACAUUCAAAACCUGGACGGUCACAGCUUUUUUGUGAGAUGUGCAGCCUGUAAAGCACUUCAUUGUUUUCUAUGUAAGGUUUCAUCACCGUAUCCAAUUUAUAGUGUAUGUGCUGCUAGAGCAAGCACAGAUUUUAUUAUUGUCACUAGAAGUGGGGGUAACAUGAGUUUAAACAUGUGAUUUGCAUUAAGCAUUUAUAGUUUAAAAGCAUUUUUCUUAAUAAAUUAUCAGUUUUGUGCCUGAAAUAAAUAAGAACUUAGUCUAAAAACUGUUUUUUUAAAUCUCAAACAAACAAAUAAAUUUUAUGAGGGAAACAACAGCUAUUUCAAAAUCAUCCACGCAAUCCAAUCAGUGAAGAAAUCCAAACUCACAAAGUCUUAAUCCUAAGUGGAACUGUAUAACUGGUAUUUUGAGAAUUAACCAGAUCAUUAACAAACUUCCAUGUCAUUCACAUAAUAGUAUGAUCAUAGUCUGAUUGUGUUUGUGCGACAUUUGUAUUUGUGGCUCUUGAAUCACAAUAUUUAUUACUUACACUUACACUUAUAUCUGUGAGUUUAUAAAACGAUAAUAUUUCAGCACAUUAUCAAUACAUAGAGAUAAGAGAGAAAAUAAUGGCAGAUGUCUACAUGCAACAUUACAAGUGAUUAGAUAAGAUUUACCAUAAACUAAUAAUCUUUGGUUCCUAUUACUAUACUCAUAAAGUCAUUUCAACUUUACAAACCAUAGUAUUCUCUCUGAUAAAAUCUUAUCUUCAGAAAAUUGAUUCUUAGCCUUAAUAAGAAAAUGGUCUUUAUAUCUGAAAAUCACUAUAAAACUUACAAGUACAAAUUUUUCACAGAGAAGAAUUACUUUUAAAACGUAACUAUACAAAAUUGUACUUCUGUUCAAAC